ACGCGCCAAAAUUUAGAGAAAUUAUAGAGCAGGGAGCAGUAGAUAAAUAAAGAAUGAUAGCCCAGUGAGUGAGCGUUUCAAUAACAAUAACAGCAGCAGCAGAAGCAAUGGUUAAAGCGGUGGUGGCAGACGAAACCCAACUCAAUUUAGCCGAGGAUCGCCUCAGCCAAUCGGGUCUCACCUCUCAGGUGGGUCUGGUGAUAGGCAAGCUCAGCUCUACAUUAGACCGGGGCUUCGUCUACGAUUUGGUUCCUACCCCACCUAACGAUGCCGGAGAGCCAGCUUGUUCUCUUAUCGAGACUACUACGGCCACAUUCAAAGACGACAAGAAAAAGGGAUCCAAACCCAAAUCUCAGGCCGCCGAUUCUUCCACUUUGGCCAUCGAUAGAGAUUGGGUCGCUGAGCACGCCCGUCAGGUUUCGAGAAUGUUACUGGGUGGUAUGAAGGUGGUUGGCAUAUAUGUAUGGAUUAGUGAUACCUCUUUCAAGAAUUCAACCAUUACUCUUUGCCAGCUUUUGCAGACCGUAAAGGGAGUUGCAGAAGCUGCACCCGUCCUGGAGACUGAUUAUGAUAAAAGGCUACUUAUUCAUAUAUCUUACAGUCCCAGGAGGUGGACAUGUAGAAAUUGUGUGCUGUCUUCGAAUAUUACAUCAAGUAGCAUACGGCCUUGUGAUUUUAAAAUGGGAAGGGUCUUAAGUUCACUUCGGACAUUUAGGUGCACGUAUAACUUCAACCUCAGCUUUCCCAUAUGUCAUGAAAAUGCAUCAAAUACCUCAACGUUGAGUUCAAUUCUGCGUCAUGGAAUCUCAGUUCAUGCAAAAGAGCUAAGAAGUGCAAAUGCUUUAAUUGAUGGAAAUUUGGUUGUUAAUGAAGAACCUUGCACUACUGACGAUUUGCAUGAAGUUGAAUUGCUUCUACCAUUCAUGAAGAAUACACAGGCUGAAGCAUGCAGUCAAAUGGAUGUUGUUGGUGUUCUUAUGUUCAGUGGGUCUGUGUGCUCCUUUGCAUACUUGAAUUCAAAAGAACCAGUAUCACAGGCUGUUGCUGAUAUAAAGGAUGAUAUCAUCAGAAGUUUACAAAGCAGACUGGAUAUCAUCUGUGAUGAAGCAGAUGAAGAUCUGGGUCUGGUAGAUGAUGAUGGUGGGGAAGCAAGCCAAGAAAAACUGCCUGAAAAACCUGUUUCCAAACUUGUCCCGUCCUUAUUGAGGAAAACAUGCAAUCUUGCAUUUCCUCGAAGAGUAUUUAUUCCUUGGUUGGCUGGUACAUUUAUAUGUGACUACUUACAACCCUCUGAGAAACUUGAGGUCCUAAAAGAUCAUUGUGUUGAGUUGAUGUCCAUGGAAACUCCCACUGAUACCUCGGCAAUUCUCCAACCAGAAAUAGAAGCUCCAUCAGUGAUAGCUAAAUCUUUUUGGGAUGUUGCAGUCCUAGGUCAUUCUGCAUCUAGCUUUUCUGUAGAGAAGAACAGAAUGAUCGACACGAGUGGUGUGGAUAAUAGCAGGGAAAAUAUCAAAUCAAUAAACUUCAACAUUUUGGCUGCAGUUUUCUUCCUUCUCCUUUCUAUCUUUGUAGGUUUUGUGCUUCUCAAGCGAUCUUAGUCUCUGAGGGGAUUUUUCACUUAAAAAAUUAUGCGGGUUUGGUUAGAGUGCCAUGUUUGUUAUUAUAAUUUUCAUUUCAAGGUUAUGGAGCGUCUGCUUGUUGGGUGAUCAUAGCCUCUUGAUUGAAUUUUGGCUUAUAAAUGGCGUGGGAUAAGUGUUUUUUAUUUUUGUUUUUUUAUUUUUUAUUUAUAUAUUUUUUAAAAAAUUCUAUUGUAA